CAGUUUCAGGCUAUUGACCUAAUUCCAGGGAGCAAAGGCACCAGUCCUGCGGAGGCGGAGUCCAGACUGCAUUUAGGGCUAAAGCUCCAAGUCAGAAUCCGUUCUUCAUCAGCCUCUGGGUAAGCUUCUCGGGAGCCUUCCGGUCUGCCCAGCUGCUGAAGGCGAGAGCAGAUGCCUUGUGUCCGCCUCGGAUUUUAAAACCAGGCAGGAGGCAACAGACGACAUGAAGUUAUGGCGGAGAGGCCUGGUCCUCCAGGCUCUGAGGAGCUCCUGGGGCAUCUGCAGGGUUCACAGGCAGCCACCACCUCCACCUGUUCCUGAGGCUGUGGCCACCUGGGAAGCCAUCAGCCUGGGGAGACAGCCAGUACCUAAGUACUUCAACUUUGCCCACGACGUGCUGGAUACAUGGAGUCGGCUGGAAAAGGUAGGGCAGCGGCCCCCAAAUCCUGCAUUCUGGUGGGUGAAUGGCUCAGGAGCAGAAGUCAAGUGGACUUUUGAGGAGCUGGGGAAGCAGUCCAGGAAGGCAGCCAAUGUCUUAGAGGGUGUGUGUGGCCUGAAACCUGGAGACAGAAUGAUGCUGGUACUUCCACGCCUUCCAGACUGGUGGCUGAUCAGCGUGGCUUGCAUGCGAACAGGUGUGGUCAUGAUCCCAGGAAUCACCCAGCUGACAGCGAAGGAUCUGAAGUACCGGCUGCAGGCAGCCAGGGCCAGGUCCAUCGUUACCAGUGACGCCCUAGCUCCGCAAGUGGACGCCAUCAGCGCUGACUGUCCCUCCCUCCAAACCAAGCUUCUGGUGUCUGACACCAGUCGUCCUGGAUGGAUCAAUUUCCGGGAACAGCUUCGGGAGGCCUCUACAGAGCACAAUUGUGUGAGAACCAAGAGUGGAGAUUCCGUGGCCAUCUACUUCACCAGUGGAACCACAGGGGCUCCCAAGAUGGUGGAACAUUCCCAGUGCAGCUAUGGAUUGGGUUUUGUGGCCAGUGGAAGGAGGUGGAUUGCCUUGACUGAAUCUGACAUAUUCUGGAACACAACUGACACUGGCUGGGUGAAGGCAGCCUGGACUCUCUUCUCUGCCUGGUCCAACGGAGCUUGCAUUUUUGUACACGAGCUGUCCAGAGUUGAUGCCAAAACUAUCCUAAAUACUCUCUGCAGGUUCCCAAUAACCACCCUUUGCUGUGUUCCAACCCUUUUUCGGCUGAUUGUACAAGAAGAUCUGACAAGGUACAAGUUUCAAAGCCUGAGGCACUGUGUGACGGGCGGAGAGGCCCUCAACCCUGAUGUGAGGGACAAGUGGAAGAGCCAGACAGGCCUGGAGCUCCAUGAAGGCUAUGGACAAUCGGAAACAGUUGUCAUCUGUGGCAAUUCAAGAGGCUCGACAAUCAAAUCUGGAUCUAUGGGGAAAGCAAGCCCACCUUACGAUGUGCAGAUCGUGGAUGAAGAGGGCAAUGUCCUGCCUCCAGGGAAAGAGGGGAAUAUUGCUGUCCGCAUCAAACCCACCAGACCCUUCUGUUUCUUCAACUGCUAUCUGGAAAAUCCUGAGAAGACAGCCUCAUCAGAGAAAGGAGACUUUUACAUUACUGGGGACCGAGCCCACAUGGAUGAGGAUGGAUAUCUUUGGUUCUUAGGGAGAAAUGACGACGUGAUCAACUCUUCAAGCUACCGGAUUGGGCCUGUUGAGGUAGAGAGUGCCCUUGCUGAGCAUCCAGCUGUCCUUGAGUGUGCUGUGGUCAGCAGCCCGGACCCCAUUCGGGGAGAGGUGGUGAAAGCAUUCAUAGUCCUUUCUCCAGCCUACACAUCUCAUGACCCGGAAGCACUGACUCGGGAGCUCCAGGAGCACGUGAAGAAGGUGACUGCUCCAUACAAGUACCCCAGGAAGGUGGCUUUCAUUUCAGAACUGCCAAAGACUGUUUCUGGAAAGAUCUUAAGGAGUAAACUGAGAAACCAAGAAUGGGGGAGAUAAGGUGCAACCCAAGGAAGAUGACAGGAUGCUCUGACGGUUCUGAAAGAAGACAGAAGUGGGACUGGCCAGCCCCUCCUUGGAGCCCCAUCCCUUCAAAGAAUAGGUAUCAAAGAUGGUCAGCUUCUGAAUGGGCACUGUAGGGUGAUGCUGGUAAAGGUGAGAGCAUCUGGUCCAGAGCUCACAGUCACCGCCCCAUCCAUCCAGUGUCCCAUGGUUUCCCUGACUGGAGACAUCCUCACCGUCCAUCCAUUGGUUUUAUUAAGAGAAUUCUGCUGUUCGUGGGACAGACAGAUCAUCACAACCUGAGGGUAUCUGUGGUCUCAUUAUGCCAGUGGGAAUGUAAAACUUGACCCUUUGGAUUAAGCCAUUUGAUAAUGGCAUCUGGGCCAUAACGUUGACAAUACUCUUCCAUUUAGUAAUCACACCUUUGGGACUCACUAUAAAAGAAACAAUUCAAAAUGCAGAAAAUAUGUGGUAUACAAAAAUAUUCAGUGAAGCAUUGUUUAUCACUGAAAGUACAUGCACACAAUUGAGAAAUAAACUAAUUAACACUAGUUUGUCCA